CCCGCUCUCUAGUCCCGGAAGCGAAAGCUGCUCCGCCUCUUCCGAGCCAGGUCGCGACCUUGAGACCGGGAUCGGGUUGCGUGUCGGGCCUCCGGGGGCCCGAAGCCCCCUCUCUCUUCAUGGCUGUGGCACGGAACCUGCGCACCGCGCUCAUAUUUGGCGGCUUCAUCUCCAUGGUCGGCGCCGCCUUCUACCCUAUCUACUUCCGGCCCCUUAUGAGGCUGGAGGAAUACCGAGUGCGGAGAAAGGAUGUGAGCUUAGUGAGGCCAGCCGGGUUCCAGCUCUCUCUGUGCAGCCCGGUGACCUCGGACAAAUGGCCCCAUGUCAGACCUUUAAUGUUCGGGCUCUAAAUACCCAUGCACGCGGAUCAGUAAACUGUGGAAUAUCUCUAAGUCACAGAAGUGUUGAUGUGUAUGAAAGCAGCCUGCACAUAGCAGGUCGACACUUAAACACUAUUUCACACACAGCAUACACACACAUAUACAUAUACGUGUAUGUGUGUGUAUAUACAUACAUAUAUAUAUAUAUGGAAUGUUUGAUAUGUGUCAGAUUAGGCAUAUACUGGAUCUUUGAAUUUGCAUAGCCUUCCCUUGAGGUAGAUGCUACCCAUUUUACAGAUGGAACCACGCAGCCUCUAAGUGGUGAAGGAAAUGUACCAGCCCAGGCUUCUGUCUCGAGAACCCCCUGCAUCCACGCAGACUUAGAUGGUGAUGCAGGCAGGAGCCUUGAUCAUCCUGAGCUGGAAGGUGUUUUUUACCGCGCUUCAUUUCCAUCCCCUAAGACGCCUUGGAGCGGAAAUAUUUCAAAGCUAAACUGUUAACCUGGGUUUUUGAGUUUUUCCUCAAAUCGUUUUUCAGAUUCUGCUGGUUUCCUUCAUUUUAAGCUGGUUGCUCACAUGACAAUGGUGAAUGUCCGGGGAGUCAUUUUCCUCCUUAAUCAUUCAGGUCCUAUCAUUCUAAAAGCCAAACUCUCCUUCCUGGAGACCUAUACCUCAGCGCGGAUUAGCACUUUGAUACAUCUGAAACCAUCUGUCAGAGAGGAGAGAUGAGGCAUUAGAGGCUCAUUUUGUUCUCCAGGAAACCUGAAUCGUCCUGAAGAUGGAAGAGGGCCAGCCCAGCCCCCAGGGACUAUUAGCUGAGGCUGAAGCUUGGCGAUUUGAAGUGCCAUGCAAAUGCUCUCUCUGCCUGUCUCUGGUGCUAUAGCAUUUGGUUUCUGGAGGCAGAGCGUUUUAAAGUACGUGCAUGCAUCCCCUGGCAGCUGCUUUUCAUCAGCCCAGACUGAGAUGGUCUCUGUGCUUCCGGCCUUCAAGUCCUCCUGCGUGUGCCAUGUGUGGUGGGAGCGGAGGCUUGUGUAAAGUCCUGCAGACUGUCUCCAUCCCUCUCCCUCACUGGACCCCUGCCCCAGGCUACUUUACUGCAGCUUCUAGAGCUGGACUCGAGACAGAAGGUCUGCUGUGGUCUCCCUUUGGAAAAUCCUCUUUCUGAAGACGGGACUGUGGUUCUUAGCUAGUGUGCUUUGUCCUGUGAAGAUGGGUUUGCUUGUUACCCCUGAGGGAGAGAGGAGGCGGUGAGUGGGCUGUUAGUACCUAGUGGAUAGGAUUCAGGAUAAAUUUUCCACAAUGCACAGAAGUCACCCAGGAGGAAGCAUCAAAAUGCGAGGGCUGGCCUGGUCUCAGUCAGCCAGUGAGGAGGAAGCAUGCCCUGUGUUCCUACACGUCUUCUUAGGACUCCUUCUCAGUCUUUGACUGCCUAAGUUGCUGCUGGCAGGCAAGUCAAGCUCUGGGGUGAACUUCUUGCAAGAAUAACUAUUAUAGUGUGUUUUUAGAUUUAAGGCUAUCCACAGCUCACCUUGUAUCUUAUUUUGAUGAAUUUGGCCAACUUUAACUGAAAGUCGUAACUAAAUCUUUCAAAAAGUAAGUAAUACUGAACAGCCAAUUUUUAUCGGAAGCUUGUGUUUUUUUUUUUUUUGUUUUGUUUUUUGGGCUCUCUUCCAAGCACUUCAACUGUUAAGCCAUUUAGUGCUCAUAAUAACCCUUGGUGGGAGCUGUUAGUUGAAUAACCUGUAGGCAAGGUAUUUCCUCACUCUGAAUCUUGCUGGCUUCCCCGGUUUUGAUGGUGGUGUUUAUUGGACUGAAUUUACAGGUUUGGGGUGAAUUAAGUAUUACCUGUGGAAAUUUCUAGUACAUUCUCAUAUCAGGAACGGUAGAGAAAUCACUUUUGGAAGGAAGACUUAGGCGAGGAUUGAGAUGGAGGUGACGAGAAUGUGAUGAUGGGCAGGUGUGUGCCUGGGGCUGGCCGGCCCUGGAGUAAGCGUGUCCAGCUGGCUCGCGUGCUUGGGGUCAGAACUGGGAGCCUGCUGUACGGGUGAGCCUCUGUUCACUUCAGUGCGUUCAGGUUUUAGUGUUUAGACCAUUUCCUUUCUUAUGCUCAAACCCCAGAUUUUAGUUGUCACUCAUGCGAGGUGAGGUUUAGAUAUGGGGGCCUGUGUGUGGUGGCCCCAGCACCUCGUUCCCGGCCACUCUUCUCACCCUGUCCUGUCCACGUGUCUCUUGCAAACUGUCUUAGCCCAGUGUGUUCCCUGCUCCUUCACCAGCUCUUCAUCUUUCCGUCUGUCCCUCAUGUCUUUCUUGUGUGCAUAUUGUUUUUCUUUUGAAGAGCCUAUGAGGAAAAUGUACUAUUGUGUGUUGUUGAGGGGGUGCGCAUACACAGCUUAUGUGUGGGUCAAAGGACAGCUUUGUAGAGUCGUUUCUCACCUGCCUUUUCAUGGCUUGUGGGAUUGAACUGAGGUCACUGGGCUUGCUUGGCAAGUGUUUUGCUGGCUGAGCCAUCCUGCUGGCCCCAGUUGAGUUCUUUCUGAACUACACCUGGUACUACUGCUUUGGUGAGAAUUUGUCACGGGAAACUAUUUUGGUUUGUGAGGCGGUGUGGAGCUCUCCAGGUCUUUGGCACUGGUCCUGCCAUUUGUCCUUCAAGUGCAGUCAUCUGGCUUAUUUAAUUAAAACCCCGCGGUUACCCCACCGCUAUCUUCAAAGUUCAGCCAGUGGAGGUUAUGGAAGUGUUUUAACAAGGUGACCAGAUCCACUGUAUGCCAGCUUCGGUGCCAGUAUAGGGAAGAGAGCCCUGAAGGGUCUAGAGGCAGAAAGAUGGGUACUAAAAAGCAGUAUCCUUUUGUCCCUCCUUAGGAAGUGGUACCCAGCCUGUACCAGACCACUUCUGGGGCUGAGGGACUAGUGCACAGGGCCUUGUGACUGCCGAGCCCUGCCUUAGUAUUCUGUUGCUAUGAGGAGACACCAUGAUCACAGCAACUCUUAUAAAAGAAAGUAUUUAAUGGGGGCUGGCUUACAGUUUAGGAGGUGUACUCAUUUUAAUCAUGGUGGGAGCAUGGUGGCACACAGGCAGAUGUACUGGAGAAGGAGCUGAGAGAGCUAUAUCUGGAUCCCAGGCAACAGGAAAAGACUGCCCCACUGGGUCCUGCUUGGGCUUUUGAAAACCUCAGAGGCCUCCCCUGAUAGCACAUUUCUUCCACAAAGGCCACAUCCACGAAUCCUUUAAAUAGUGCCACUCCCUGGUGACCAACUUUUCAGAUACACAGGACCAGGGAGGACAUUCUUAAUCAAACCACAGACCCCAAGGGUGAGGGAUAACGGCUCCUAUCUCCUUGACUCCAGCAACCAGGAAGGUGGUUGUGGUGAUGGUGACAACCAAUUGAAGGCAUCGGUUUGAGGGCAGAGGUUGAAUAGGUGCCAUUUUGGACAGUUGAAGUGUUAGGCACCAGCUUCUGGAGCUGCCCAGAGGCAGAACAGUACCCAGUCUGGAGUGGUGUGAGGGACCCGUCAGCGCACUAGGUUGGGGCUCUAGCAAGUGCUCCCAGCUAGAAAAUUUAGCGUCCAGAACACCAGCAUGCAAAUGGCUGAGAAGUGGUCAGCAGAGCAAAGGCCUACAAGGAGCCUCAGGAGGAGCGGGCAUAGAGAGGCUUAAAGAGAGCCAUAGUGUCAACAAGACAGCUCUCUAUGAAAGGGGUGUGACCGCAGGGUCAGGUUGCUUGGAAACAGGGGUGAGUGAAAGUAUCCGUUAGACUUACAGUAGGGUGUCAGAAAUAAACUGUCGGUUAUGCUUUCGGUGGUUUGAAAGUGAGAAGAUUGCAGCAGACCCAAGAGUAAGUAAGCAGUCUGUUAAAUGGACAUUUACACACGUUUGUCUCUUAGUAGGAACAUGGCAACCCUUGAAACAAGCGAAGGGAGGAGGGAGAAUGAGGUUUGGCUUUCAGUUUGGGCUGGGAGGUAUGGGAACACCAGGAGAGUCCUGACAGGCUAAGGUGCUAGAGAAAAGGACAGUCUGUAGAGGAAGGUGACAUGGGCUCCUGAGAUCAGGUGGCACAACCUUAGGCAGAGUCAAGACACCUCUUCCCACAACUCUAGAGAAAGGGCAGGUGUAGAUGCGUGAACAGGUGGCCUUGGAGUGGCGAGUUGUGAGCACUGUAGCUGUCUGACACAGGGCAACAAACCCUCUGGAAGUGAAUGGCGUUCUCCAAGUGUUAACUACUGACUGUCUGGGGUACUUUGGCUUUGCCUGCCUCACAGCUGCGUCUGAUAGAGGCUGGCUAGAUGGUUCAUCAACCACUUGCUGCCAAGCCUGAAGAGCUGAGUUUGAUCCUGGAUGCUAUGAGGUAGAAGAAAAGAACCAACUCUACAGUUGGUCUUCACCUCCACCUGUGUGCCAGGGCCCUGUGUGUCUUUAUGGAGAAGAGGGAACACAGGAGAUGUCUUCCAGCCAGGUCAUAAAGUAAGCACCAAUCAUAGCAGCCUUUACACUGAUGGAGUGCUGCUUCCACCAAUUGUGCGCGUGUCUUUGUAGCAAGGAGGGAGGCCACUUGGUCAUUCCUGGCUGCUUAGUCCGAAAUAAUCACACAGAAACUGUAUUUAGUCUAGCUCUUGGCCUGUCAGAUUUCUUUUAGGCCAAUCAGGUGCCUUAGGCAGGCAGGUUAAAACAGCAGCACAUCUUUGCAGAGUUAAACAAAUGUGUCAUAAGCAAAUGAAACACAUCUUUGCCUAGUCAAACAAAUGUAACACGCCUUCACAUAGUUAAAGUAAUAUUCCACAACAACUUCGUAUUAACAGUGAUUUCAGUAGCCCACGGAGAGGGAGAGGUGGUUCUCCUCUGUAGGCAGACAGUCCCUCCUUGAAUGCUCUUCCAUGAACCUCUGUGAGGGUCCCUCCACCUGAGCACUGGGUUCACUUGCUGCUUUGCUUCUGCCUCUCAGCAGCUGCUAAGUUCCUCCUCACCUCUGACUGCCCUGUGCACAUUUAUUAUUCCGCAUGCUUUGCUUGUUCCAAGGAGUGGGCCACAGUUCUUAGACAGGGGCCCAAGCCAUGUCAAGUCAAGGUAUCAGGUCCCUCAGGACCAGCCUGGAUGUGGGGAAUAUGGGGUUGGGCAGGUUCCAUGAUUUCUGCUCCAGUAGGAUAAUAACCCCACAGGCAGCAGGAAUGGGAUGGAAGGCUGCUUUGUCAAACAGCAAAAGAGAGACCUGUGGUCACCAAGUAGCAAACCCUGUGACUGGGACGUUCAGUGUGAUCUGUAGCUCUCUCACUGACUCACCAAGACUCAGGUGUCUGUUCAAUGGGCUGAAUUCAGAGUCAAUCCAUAGCUCAAGUCCUGCUUGACUCGGGAGAUAGCAGUUAGUCUUGGGGCUCGGUGAUCUGAAACCAGAGGUAUGGGCACAGCUCUGUUGCACUUCUGGAGGGAGCCCAAGCAUUGCUUUUCCCUUUAUCCUUUUGCCAGUGGGGAUUGUCUGAGGACUUAGGAGACCAUAACUUGAUCCUGAUGUCUUUACAUCCUACAACUAGUCCAAUUCUGAGUCUGGCCCUUUAAAAACAGCAUGUAUUUCAGACAUUGAAGUCAAAUGGUGACAUGGGAUAAAGUAAGAGCAGUUUUUUUUUAUCUUGAUCUUUCCCAGUUUUAAUUAGAUGUGCAGAAUACAGACUCACAGGGUUUUACCGAAGGCCCGGAGCUCAUUUAUUCCUAACAUUUGGGUGCGUGGUCCUGUGUCACUCUGUGUGUUAAUUGCUGGAUGGACACUUGACCCUGACUCUCUGACCUGGCCCAUCUGAUGCCCUGUCAGGAUGUCUACAAAAGAGUGAAGUUGCAGGGCAGGUUACAUGGGUGAGCUGGGAGGAGGUGAUUCUCCAGCUUCUCACCUGUGUUCUUCCUGCUGUCCUUUGCUGCCCCAGUUGAAGCUGUGCUGUGUAUCUGGUAGAACAAGAUUACAAGAACUCACAUGAUGUGCAGAACCCUUCCUUGUGAGGGCUCUUUCCCUAUUACACGCCAGGUCUCAGAAUAUGCCUUUCACCCCAUUCACCGUAUAACUGAGUCAAAUACAGAGACAGGAUGAAGUCCUGGUUCCUAACUAGCAUUGCAAAGCUGUCUGUAUUCAGCCUGGUGUUAACGAGUGUCAGACACGUUGGCAGUGCCAGAGAGCAGUGAUUGAAGCGGCCUCUAGUUCCUUCAGCUAGCUGGCUCGGUGAGCUGCAGCUGUGAUGGGGCUUCUGCAACACCAACAGUUCCUCUCAGCUGCCCAUUCUCAAUUGGUAUAUUUGGUCUCAGCCAGCUGCUUCACACCAGUGUUCUGUCCUCAGCCAGCUGCUUCACCCAGUGUUCUGUCCCCUCAUCCAGGUGCUUCACACCAGUGUUUUGUCCCCCCCCCAGCCAGCUGCUUCACACCAGUGUUCUGUCCCCUCAGCCAGCUGCUUUACACCAGUGUUCUGUCCCCUCAUCCAGGUGCUUCACACCAGUGUUCUAUCCCCCCAGCCAGCUGCUUCACACCAGUGUUCUGUCCUCUCGGCCAGCUGCUUCACACCAGUGUUCUGUCCUCAGCCAGCUGCUUCACACCAGUGUUCUGUCCCCCCCCAGCCAGCUGCUUCACACCAGUGUUCUGUCCUCUCAGCCAGCUGCUUCACACCAGUGUUCUGUCCUCAGCCAGCUGCUUCACACCAGUGUUCUGUCCCCCCAGCCAGCUGCCUUCACACCAGUGUUCUGUCCCCCCUAGCCAGCUGCUUCACACCCGUGUUCUGUCCCUCCAGCCAGGUGCUUCACACCAGUGUUCUGUCCCCUCAGCCAGCUGCUUCACACCAGUGUUCUGUCCCCUCAGCCAGCUGCUUCACACCAGUGUUCUGUCCCCCCCAGCCAGCUGCUUCACACCUGCUGUUACAGCUGUGCGCUCCCCUCAGUCUGAGUUUCAGUCACCAUUCUGUACCUGGAUCCUCUUGGAUUUAUGGCCAUUUGGUACCCAGGCAUUAUCACUGCUUCCCACUUGGUGGUUGUGUUCCGUGGCCUCAGGGCCCCAACUGCUCCAGGGCACUUUGGGCUCUAUAUUCUAGGUGGAUGGCAGAACCUAGUCAGCAGCAGCAAAUGGAACUGCCAAGGAAGUGCUUAAGUCUGUCCAGCUAUUUUUAAACAAGUAGAUGCUUGAAACAGACAUCCUGGAAUGGAAGCGUAUUAUUGGCCUUUCUUACCUGGCUGUUUUGAAUUAAGAAGAAGCUCAGGUGACAGGAAAGAUCCCCGGAAUAGAGCCAUGGAUUCCUGUGUCCUUCACCUGGAUUUGCUGGUGGUUAACAGUCACCACGUCUGCUUUCCCUCCUUACGAGAACACGCGCACACCUAGAUUGCUGUCAUUACCGUUAUUUUGUUGAGCCAUUUGAGAGCAGGUUGAAGACAUAAUGAGCUUUUAUUCCUAAGUACUUGAGCUAGUUUUUGCUAAAAAUAAGGACAUUCUUUUACCUAAUCACAGUAUAGUCAAGAAUCCAGGAAAUUUAAUGUGGAUACAACACAGCUGUCUAGUACAGAGACUGUAUCCAAAUGUUGCCAUUUGUCCCAAUUAUUCCAGGUUGUGAUCUGCCUUUUCCUCCACUGGAGGCUGUUGGAGGAGAUGGGAAGGUAGAUGAGGGCCUGUUCCUUUGGCGGCUUUUCUCUGCCCAGUAACCUGCUGCCCCUUUCCCAGAGCACCCUCAGAAAAGCUGCUCUCGGGUGCCCCGCGUUUGUGUGAUGGUCAUUAUUAAAUGCAGCACCAGAAUAAGCAGACUUACCGCCCACUGCCAACCUUGGCUCAUUCUCAGACGUAGUUAGGCAGAUUCUUCUACUACCACACAAAGUCAGCCCACCUGCAUGUAUAAAAGAUUUAAUAAUACACCAUCACCCUUUGACUGGAGAACCAGCCUCAAUUAAAACUACAAAUCAGACCUCAGCCUUAGCUCCAGGGGGCAGAGUUGGCCUUGCUGCGACACUGGAGUGGGGAAUUUUCUAACUCCGGGCCCACAGUUGGCUUUUAGGCAUUUUACAUGGACACUUGCUCAUAACUGAGGCCGGUAAUUAGCUUAUUUGUUCACGCCGCUAAAGCCUCUCUACCUCCGCUGCUUUCCUGAGCUUCACAGACUUGCUAUUCCUCCAGUGACAAUGAAAUAGAAACCUGUCACCUUCAUCAAGAUGAACGUGCUAAAUCCCAAGAGACUGGCUUCUGUUUUUUCCAUUAGCAGAUUCUACAUUCUUAAAUAAAGUGUCUUUGAGUGGUCUCCUGAGUUUCCACAAGUCUGCUUUGACCUCAGAGCGCAUCUAAAACAUGAAUGGAUCAGAGAAGCAGGCGGAUUAGAUAGAGGCUAAUGCUCAGUUAUCACUUUGUAGGAACUGGUUUAGCUUGCUGGUCCAGGCCAAGCUACCAAGGUGGUUGCAUCAGGACCCAGAUUAUGAUGAGAUUACAGUCUGUUUAAACAAAUCUCCAGCCUCCCCAACCUCAUUAGUGAUUAGCAUGAUAGCAGCCAGACGGGGAUUCCUGCAUCACUUGGUUCUCCACUGCAUGACAAGAGGUUGGAACACAAUUAGGCAUUCUGUCCCUGCCACCAACUAGCAGCUUCCUCCCAGUGGUGCCUGGCAGCCUGCCAGAAUCUUGGUCCCUGCAGUGGUACCUGCUUCUUAGUGGGUUUGGUAGCUCAGCGUGACUGAGUUUCUUUUGUCUGUGUAUCUAAAAUGCUCGUGACAAUUAUUGUACAAACUUUACCUUUUCCUGCUUUCACAAUAUCAAAGACAUCUUGUUCCUGGUGAGACUCAUGGUGGUGUGGUGUGGUGUUUUGCUGGCUGGCACUAAGCACAUGUUUGAGACCUCCAUCUUUGAGACUUCCCUGUUGACAUCCUUCUAGGGCUCAGGUCUGCAGAAUUAGAUGUCUUUCACAAUGAGAACACCUUCGUUGUUAGAGGUGCCACUGUUCCCUUGAGUUGGAGAAGGUCUAUUGACAUCUGCAGGCCCAUAGCAUCUGUAUGCCAUUUACCUGCUAGUCUGAGAGAGGCCAAUGGGGAGAAGUCGCCAAUGUUCCUUGUCUUCUCUCUCAUUUUAGAAUUAGAUACCAAGAUUCCCAUAGCCCCCACUGCCCUGCGAAGUUAGUAUUGAGAAGACUAUUAGGUAAAUCAUUUAGGAUUGACUUUCUGUUUGGUGAGUAGCAGUGUUGGCGGAACCCUGUUUCUUGUAUCUGCAGAAGGCCUAUGAGGGUAGACAGGGUGGACCUAAUAGCAAAUAAGAGCUGAGUGUGGCUAUAAAGGAACAGUGGGUCUAUUAAAACAAAGGUCUGAUUAUAGCGUUUAAUCACUGCAGCUUAGGAGUCAACAUCCUCUGGCUCCAAGUCUUUCCUCUAGAAAGCUAUCAUUUGUCAAGAUACUUAAAAUACUAAUCCUUGGUCGUCACAGGCCUCAGGUUUCUUCCAAACCACUUAGGAAGAUGUGUCAGGCAACUUGAAGCCCACCCUCGUAAAAUGCUCGGUUUCUCUUGGCCUUUGCUUGUUGGAUAUCUUCAAAGUGCCAGGCUUAGCUGCUGCAGCUACAGCGAGCUUACUAAUUGGCACAGCACCUGCAAUCAAUUAGGGAAGCUUCAAUUAUCCAAACCAAAGCCACCCACCCAAAGAUUAAUUUUCUGCUCUAUUUCCUAUCAAAAACAUAGCAUAUUUAGCUUGGAGUCCAGUCGGUCCUUCAGCGGAGUGUUUUUAGGCACCAUUUUCUUGAUAACUGUGCCUGUCCCUUCUUCGCAGCCGCCCUCUGCUUGUAAUGUCACCCCCACCAUCUCCAGAGCAGUUUCUGUUGUGCUGUGUCCCUUCACGAUGCUGGGGUCACAGGAAGAUGUGGGCUAGGUGGUUUUUGAUUGAAGCGUGGCUCUUUUUACAUCAUAGGACCUAGCUUUCACGACCUAGCAUUAAGUAACGGCAUUCCUGAAUUGAGUCACACUCAUAAAUAUGCUUUGUAAUUGGCCCGUGUUAAAAAAAAGCCCACACCUCCUUUCUGAAACGUAAUUAAUUGUCCUUUUGUGUU